CUGUAAAUGAAGGGAAGUGGGUUUGUGUUGCUGUCAUGGCAACAUCUCUGCACACUGAGGGUAUUAGAGGAGAUUAACUCCAUGUUGGCUCUGAUCACUCACAGUUUCACUACAACACGGUGGCGAGGCAGCUGAUGUUAUUCACGUUUUCUGUGUUGUUUAGACUUUCCUACUUUCAGUAUUCGUACUGAUUAAUCAGAUCCAGCUUGUGACAACACAUCAUUCCUGGUAUGGAUGGCCUGGUGAUGGAGGAGGAAGAUGACUGCCCAGAGCUGGUGCCCAUCGACACCCCGCCUGGUCCUCCUGCAGAGCAGAUACCCGUCACCAUCAUCUCAGGCUACCUCGGUGCUGGAAAGACUACACUGCUGAACUACAUCUUAACAGAACAACACAGCAAGCGGAUUGCUGUCAUACUCAAUGAAUUUGGAGAGGGCAGCGCCCUUGAGAAGUCGCUGGCAGUGAGUCAGGCAGGAGAGCUGUAUGAGGAGUGGCUGGAGCUGAGGAAUGGCUGCCUCUGCUGCUCUGUCAAAGACAACGGUCUUAAAGCCAUCGAGAACCUGAUGGAGAAGAAAGGAAAGUUUGACUACAUCCUGCUGGAAACCACAGGACUCGCUGAUCCAGGAGCUGUGGCCUCCAUGUUCUGGGUCGAUGCAGAGCUCGGCAGUGACAUCUAUUUGGAUGGCAUCGUCACAGUCAUCGACGCCAAGUAUGGACUUCAGCAACUAACAGAGGAGAAAACAGACGGACUCGUCAAUGAAGCAGCCAGGCAGAUUGCUGUUGCUGACCUGACAAUAAUCAACAAGACAGACCUGGUGAACGAGGAUGAACUUGCUCAGAUACGAGACGCCGUCAGGUCUGUAAAUGGUCUUGUCAAGAUUCUAGAAAGCCAGAGGUCAAAGGUGGACCUCUCUGAAGUGCUGGAUCUGCAUUCCUUUGACAGUAAAGACGGAGCAAAUCUCGCAGAGAAGCUCCAACUUGUGAAAGAUACGAGACCACAUCUUGACAAGAGUAUUUUAACUGUGACGUUUGAAGUGGCUGGAGAUCUCUCUGAGGACGCGUUGAAUGUUUUCAUCCAGGAGCUCCUAUGGGAAAAGAUGUUCCUAAACAAAGAAGGGCAACCCAUGACUGUCAUUCGGUUAAAGGGUAUAGUGUCAUUGGCAGGUAAAGCCCACCAAGUGAUGCUGCAGGGGGUCCACGAGCUGUAUGACCUGAAUGAGACUCCACAGCUCUGGGAGGAGAAGCCGCGGAUCAACCGACUGGUCUUUAUAGGUAGGAACCUGGACAAGAACAUUCUGCAUGAACAGUUCAUCUCUAAAGUGAUGGAAGGAGCAGAGAGAAAUUAGCUACAAACUCUUCUCUCCUCUUUACAUCGAACACUGAUGAUUCUGAAGCAUACCUCAUUGCUUUGGCCAUCCAUGAGCCUGGGACGUUCACUCCUUUCCUACAAGAACAGAAGGUACAUCAGAGGAUCAGAGUGAUCCGACACUACCUGCUUUAAAACCUAUAGUAUAUCAAAGAGUGUUUCUGUUGCUGUAGUGUCUGAGCUAAAUGCUGUGUGUCACCCUGAACAUGGACUCUAAGAUGUGUGCACACACAAAGAUGCAACAGAGGUCCAGAAAUUUAAUCAA